AUGGCGUAUCCUCAGAGCAAUGGACAGACCGAGGUUACUAACAGAGAGAAAGUCUGGGGGCUAAAGGUCAAGUUGGACCAUGUGGGCGGCAAUUGGGUGGAAGAGCUUCCCAGCAUCCUUUGGGCAUACCGAACGACUCCACGAGAAAGUACAGGGCUCACUCCCUUUCAUCUCGUCUACGACAAUGAAGCAGUCGUGUCGGUAGAGGUUGGGGUUCCAUCCAUCCGGCGGUUACUGUAUGAUCCGAAGAAUACCGAGCGGCGACUUUCAAAGCUGGAUCUUAUCAGUGAAACUCGCGAGAAGACGGUUGCCCGGUUAACCGCGUACCGAGAAUGGAUGCAUCAAAACUAUGAUAAGAAGGUGAUCUCCCGUUUCUUUGGAGAAGGGGAUUUGGUAUGGAAAAGGAUCAUACUGGCAGGACAAGUAACUAAGUUAGCACUUCAGUGGGAUGCCCCUUAUAAGUUGUUUGAGAGAAAGAUCCAUGGUCGGGGAAUGAGUACUACAGGCAUAUGCACAAAGUACCCGAUUGGGUAA